AUGGUGUACAAUUCGUUGACUGAUGCUCCUCGCAACCUCAAGGAGGGCAUUGACUGGCUGUUAGCCCUCAAGGGAACAGACGCCGAAAACAACUUAGCUGCCAUGGGCGCUGCCCUUUACGACUUUCUCGUAGACAAGCCUGUUGGGUACACGGAGGUGCCAGCUCUCGAGAAAGUUAAACUCGUUUCUAAAGAGUUCCUCAAGCAACCGGAGCUUAAGAAACAAUUGUCUGUAGGCCAUAUGCUGGCGAAAUUCAACAAACCUAUUAACAAAAAGGCCACCUUUUUGCAAAAACUAUUCGGUGGUGUCGACAAAUGUAAUUAUAUGAACGUUGUAAAGGAGACGCCUCUUAGUGCACAAACUAUUGCGCAAAAAUUAGGUACGGCUAUAAAUGGCUUUGAGAAGUUUUUGGAAAAAAUAACAACCGCUGACAAGUAUGAGUCCGCUUAUGGUUCGGAAGCGACGUGGGAGGCAUCGUGUUCAAAGAAGCCGGAGGAUUGUGCGGCUGUCUUCGUGGGUAUUGCGCCCAUGAUAUGGGCAGGCAUACGUUCUUUGGAAAAUGCGUGCUUCGAUGAUGAUUAUAGCUGGCCAGGUUUGCGUAAUAAAAAGAAUGUUUCAGCAAAAGUAUUAAGUGCUUUAGGUUUCAAAGAUUCAGAGUGCCUCCACAACACCAGCGCUGUAUAUGUUGCAUCGGCUGUGGCAAUUGUGUGGAAAGAGUUGCUAACAUUCUACGAUCUCUCCGGAUUUUGGGCCUUCUAUGAUUGUACUAAGGCAUGUUCAGUAACGGCUGAACCAUCCGUUGAGCCUGUGAAACCUGAAGUUGAUGUUGAAAAGCCUGUACAAAUCGCAAAAGCUGCAAAAGUGGCAAGUGCUGUAAAAGCCGCCAAGAAAGCUGCCAAGAAGGUUUCCAAGAAAGCCCGCCAAAAAAAGCAGAAGAAAAAGCAGGUAUCCGCUGAGCAGUGA